GUUCAUUCUUGGCGCGCGUUCGAUCAGGAUGACUGCGACGCAAUGGCCGACGGGUCUGUUAAUCCUGGGAACGCUGUUCCAUGCCAUAUACCUCCUGAGCAUCUUCGACAUCUACUUCAAGUCGCCUGUUGUGCACGACAUCCCCGCGGUGGAUGUCAUGCAUGAGUCGUACCCGCCACCGGCGAAGCGGUUGGUGAUCUUCAUUGCCGACGGCUGCCGAGCAGACACGUUCUUCGACGCGACCGACCGAUAUGCUGUGUUUGCGCACUCGAGACUACGAGAAGCCAAUUUGACAUCAUUGAUCCACAGCCAGUUUCAAGACGACGAACCCACGCGUGCGCCGUUCCUGCGCCAUGUGAUCAAGCACGUGGGUAGCUGGGGCGUCUCUCAUACCGGGGUGCCGACCGAGUCGCGACCAGGACACGUGGCCAUGUUUGCCGGCAUGUACGAGGACGUGAGCGCCGUCACGCGAGGCUGGCAAGAGAACCCUGUGGACUUUGACUCGAUCUUCAACCAAAGUACGCACGCGUGGUUGUAUGGCAGUCCCGACAUCGUGCCCAUGUUUGCCAAGAAUGUCGAACAUGUGCAUGAGAAGCAUUACUCGAGCGCCGACGAAGACUUUGCCAAGGACGCCACGGUCUUGGAUACGUGGGUAUACCACAAAGUGCAGGCGUUGCUCGACGACGCCAAAACGAAUCGCACGUUGUUCAACCAGUUGCAGGCGAACCAAGUGGUAUUUUUCCUGCACUUUCUCGGCAUCGACUCCAACGGCCACGCCCAUCGCCCCCACUCGCGCGAAUACAUAUCGAACGUGGCGCUCGUGGAUCGGCUGGUCGAAGGCAUCCAUACCAUGCUCGAAGCAUUUUUCCAAGACAAGGCGACAGCGUACAUUUUUAGUGCGGAUCACGGCAUGAGUCAUCAAGGGUCCCACGGUGACGGUGCCCCGGAAAACACUCGCACCCCGCUAGUUGUGUGGGGCGCCGGCGUGCAGCCGCCUACCCUCAAGUCAGCCUUGGACACACACGCAGCUCAUGGUUCAGGGUUUGCGAUGGAUGUGCCGAGCCAUUCCCACGACCAAGUAUUUGACCAACUGAAAGCGCACACUGUACCUGAAGCCGAUGCUCUGCGACUCUGGAACUUGUCUUCGUUUGUGCGCAAAGAUGUGCUCCAAGCCGACAUUGCACCGCUGGCGGCCGCGCUGCUGGGGCUGCCGUACCCGAGGAAUUCCGUGGGGGUGCUCCCGUUCUCGUACAUGGAGCAAGGGCUGUAUCGGGCACGAGCGGUCGUGUUCAAUGCCAAAUCGCUGUUUGUGCAUGCUUCGAUCCGCCAGCAACUCAAGCAGAACGCGACGUGGCCCAUCUUUUUUAGAGGAUUUCCUCGGCUAGACCGGUGCCUCGGCCAGUUUGCCACGAUCGACCGGGCGUUCGGGGCCAAAGCGUACGGCGACAUUGAAGCCAUCAGUCAGCGAAUCAUUGGCGAUGCCUUGGCAGGAUUGAGGCACUUUCAACGAUACGACUGGCUGUUGCUCAUGGCGAUCAUCACUCUCGGAUACCUCGGCUGGAUGCUCGUGUUGUACGUGGCAGUUGCCAGAUGGCCAUUUACCGAGUCAUCGCUGGUGCAACAUGACGACGGGUCGUGGGAUAUGGGGUCUGUGACCAGUGUGUGUGUGGGCAGUGGGCUGCUGUUUGCAUACAACCACCAAGCGACGUCCAUGUACUACCUGUACUUGGUGUUUCCCCUCGUGUUUUGGCGCUUUUUACUCCGUGAGCGACAGUUUCUCCUGGCGCAGCGCGGGGUCGGGUGGAGUGUGGUUGGCCUUGUCCUUGUCAGCAUCGAGUUGAUUGUGUGGGGCUACUCGAAUCGAAGUGUAUUUUCAGCACUCUGUCUCGUGAUUGGAAUAUAUCCCAAUAUGAACUCGAUUUACGAUCGCACGACUGCACGGUUGUGGAUGGGCUCGUGUGUGAUCUUGUCGUUGUUUCCCCUCGCUCCGUUGGAUUAUGGAGACGACUUGAACUUGGUCGUCGCGGGCGGUUGCAUUGGGCUUGCCGUGGGUACUUUUGUGUGGUGCGCGGUCACCCCGACUCCGAUUCACGGCAGCAGUCUCGUGUUCAUUGGCUUAUCCAUUGGAUCCGUUCUGGGCACUAUGGCAGCAUUGUCGUCGAACAUGCACCUCGCGCCUUGGAUUUAUCUGAAUUGGUUUGCAGCGUUUGGGCCGCUCUUGUCGUUGUUUUGGGUUUCGUAUCCCCCGUCCCUGACCCUUCGACUCGUGCAGAUCAUGAUGGCUGUCGCCCCAGUAUUCGUGUUGCUGUCGAUUUCGUACGAAGUUUUUUUCUACGCAGCGUUUUGUACAACGUUGUUGCUGUGGAUUCGCCUCGAAACGUCCACCGUGGCGCCACGUCAUACCCGCCAGCAUAGUACCGGGCUUGCAGUCACCCCCGAGGACAUCCGGCUGGCGCUGUGGUACCUAAUCUUCUUCAAGCUGAGCUUCUUUGCUACGGGCAACAUUGCAUCGAUGAGCAGCUUUGAGAUUUCAUCCACGUUUCGGUUCGUGACAGUGUUCAAUCCAUUUGUCAUGGGCGCUCUUCUCGUGCUCAAGAUUCUGCUGCCCAUGGUGAUUGUCACGUGUGCAUUUCACGUGUUGCUGACCCUCAAAGGCCACCACCCAAACCGACUGUUCUUGCUCGUGGUGUUACUCUCGGAUGUGCUGGCGUUACACUUUUUUUUCCUCGUCAAAGACGAAGGCAGUUGGAAAGAAAUUGGUAACAGCAUCUCCAUAUUUGGCAUUGUGAACCUCAAGAUGGUAUUUGUGCCGUUGCUGCUGUUUGUGGCCAAGUUGCUCUUUCGCCAGUCGACCGCUACCGAUCGUUCGCUCCAUUUGGAUUAGUCAAGUUGUCGGAACCCCUUGUACUAGUAAUAUACAUGGGUACCAUAGA